AUGCAGUACAUCGACCUGUUUGACGAGGUGCACGCGGCUCAGCUGUUGAUCGAGGUCCUGGCCAUGGGCCUGACCGGCGUCAUCAUGUCGGAGAGACAGAAGCUAGGUGGGACGCAUUUCCUCAGCGGCGUGGAGACGAACCCAGUGGUGCUGGAUGCGGUGCGGUGGGUCAUUGACAGCGUCCCAAAGCUGGACAGCUGGGCCAAGGCUGUUCGUGAGAUGCCCCACAGAAGAAGGGAGCGGUGCUUUUCAGAAGCCUUCAACGAGCUCCUUCUGUCGUGCGGACGCGCGCAUGCCGUGAAGGUUACAUUCCGUGUGCUCGAGUGGAUGGAGGCGCUGGCCGUGCCGAAAAACUCCUUCACCUACGAGGCCAUCGGCGUCAAUGUGGUGAAGCGCAUCACCAGGCUCGAGAAGGUGUGGGACCUUCCUCAGGCACCGGAAGAUGAAGUUUGCCCAGAGGUCGUGUUCGCUGGCCGCAGUAACGUUGGGAAGUCGUCCCUGGUGAACAUGAUGCUGAACCGAAACGCUCUUGCUCCCACGUCCUCUCG